AUGGAAAACCUAGCUCUGAGCUUGAGAGAGGAGUACUCUGGACGACAGAGCCCUGAAGAGGUCCGGAAAGAGAUUAUUAAUUGUUACAAGCUUGUAGAGAAGCUGGGGCGUGGAGCAGUGUAUUUUGGAUCAGCGCGCACGAAAAUUGACCACUCCCAUUACUUGCAGGCCAAGGAGCUCGCGCAUGAUGUGGCUCUACUUCUCGACUGCACAUCAUGGACGGGAGGAGGACCAGGCAUGAUGGAUGCGGCGACCCAAGGGGCUCUUGAAGCCAAGAAACCAGUUGGAUGUUUCAAUAUAGCAAAAGAGGCUGGCACUUGGGUCACAAGAUAUGUCCACCCUUACCUUGCAACUCAAAUGUAUUUCACCUGUCGAUUCUUUACAGCGCGGAAGCAUGGAUUGGUUGAGGCGGGGGUGCGCAACAAUGUUCCGGAUCGCACGGCAUUCAUUUGCUUGCCAGGGGGUAUGGGAACACUAGAUGAGUUAUUCGAAGUCGUUGCCCUCAAGCAACUCGACCGCAUUGGGUCUUCCUUCCCUGUCCCAUUUCUCAUCCUCAACUAUGACAAUUUCUACACAGAUCUCCUGAAGUUCUUAACAAAGUGCGAGGAUUGGGGCACUGUCAGAGCAGGCGAGUUUGAAAGCAUCUGCCAUGUAUCCACUUCCAACUUGGAUGCACUGGAAUACUUAGCGGAUUUUUAUGGCAUUUCGGAACAAGAUCGCCUCUUCCGUAAUCGUCCUCAGAACUUAUAGAAAUACUUGAAGAUCACAUGACUGACCCACAGCACCGAAGUAACGGUACUACGGUGGGGAGCCCAAUAUCAUCUUCCCGGGAAUGUUGGCAAAGUCUGAACAUAAGAAACAAAAACCUACAGAAACCUUCUUUAUAACCAAUCCUAUGAUUGAUCAUGUCCUGUGCUUUGGUGUAAAGAACAAUUCAGACAGCAUCUGUGCAAUCUAGAGACGUGGUGGGAAGAAAUCCUUUCAAUCACAGGGGUUUUCUCAACAAAGUUGUGUGAAUUCGAGUCUGCUCUGAGUCUCUGACUACGUUGACAACAUUUGUCAGCUCUUUGCUUAGAUCAGAGCUGGGUGGGUGCCUCAAUCUGUUACCAUUCAUUCUAGUUUCACCUCCCCAUAUGCCGAACUUCAGUAUUUAGUGGGAGUGUGAAGUCAGAAUAAAAGGUGUCAAAUACAUUUAAUUUAUGUUGAGAAUGUUUAGAAAGA